GUUCAUGCUCAUCAAAAUUUGGAGGUGGCUACAUCAGCCAAAGGUAUGGAGAUUUGUGUGUUUUGCUUCAUCUAUCGUUGGCCUUAUCUGUUAUGCUUUGAGCUCCUCUUUCAAUCAUUUACUUGGAAAUUGGACCUGGUGGAAGUUACUUCUUUACAUUAUUUUCAGUUUUUUAAUUUCCCUUUCCACCUUGUUUGGAAAGACAUGGGAAUACUCCAACUCUCGCUGUUUGGAAGCUCACACAGCAUUUUCUGUUUUGCUUAUCACUUCUGUAUACUCCUUUUUCCUUGAUAAAGAUCUGAAACAGAAAGCAGAUGCCUAUAGUCUGCUUUCUUGUGUUGCUUUUGCUAUCAUGUCUCUAGGCUUGUCUAGGCUGAGUCAGUUAGGAUUUGAGGUUGAUCUCCUGUAUUUUUUCUGUGGACUUCUGACCGUACAACUCAUGAAAAUAAAACCGUGGUUAGUCACUGUUGGAGGAGCUUUCAGUUAUUCCCUCAUCAUUCUUCGUUCCAAUUUGGAUCCUCAACCAAGAAGUGGGUAUCAUGGACUUCAAUACCAAGAUCAUGUAGUGGUUGAAAUUGGUUCUCAUUCACAACCACAAGGAAUCAGUAAUAGUGUUACUCAAGUGGAUUCAACCCGAACCAUUAUGGCUAGUUCACAACCUCAUCCUGUCAUUGAUAUGGUCUGGCCUUCAAGAGGAACAAGGCGUAGUGCUUCUCUAGUAAUUUCACCUCAAGAGGGUGGUUCUGGUGGUGGCCCUCCCGAAAACAUUUAUGGUACCGAGGAAUGCUUCAUGGGUUGUAUAGAGGCUCUUAAGAAGGAGAAUGGGAACGUUAUCAGAGCAAUUUCCAUGCAUGUAGACAAAUACCUUAAAGCUAGUGUUCUUUAUGAGGAGGAGAUUUCAGUGGCAGAAUUGCAUGGCGACGACAACAUGGUGGUGGAUUCAUUGUCGUCAGGAAUGAUCAUCAAGCUUCGUGAAAGUGUAGAGAAGAUGGUGUCAGAUCGAUUUGAGGAGGAAUGCUUGCACGUUUACAGUAAUUGUCGGAGGGAGUUUCUGAAAGAGAGCCUCUGGGCAUUAGGGUUGCAGGAUCAAGAGCUCAACGGGGAGGACAUUAACAAGUCGGAGAAGAAUGAGAGGCUGAUAAAAGCUAUGAAUAUAGCGGCGAGGAUACUCUUUCCCAAUGAAAAAAGACUCUUCAAUCGUGUCUUUAGCCGCUCCAUUCCCAAUGGGGAGUUUAAUUUCAGGGAACUUUGCACGGAAUUGGCUACUAGUCUGCUGAACUCUGCCCUUGCCUUGGCAACUUGGAGCCAUUUCAUGCGCAACACAUUGCAGGAGUUGAUACAAGAGUUUGAAUCAUUUACAACACUCUUAAAUAUUGUAGUGCUCCUGAUAAGGCAGAGAUUGUGCAUUUAUGAAGCUUCGGAAAAUGUAUCACUCAUUCCUGGUGGCGGGAUUCAUCCUAUUACCCUUGAAGGGAUGUACUAUACUUAUUCGGUUUACAGAAAUAGGGAAAUUAGGAAACUUAGCCAAGAUUUAAAGGAGGGAAAGAUUCCAGCAUCUGUGUACAUAGACAAAGUGAGAAUUCUGUUAAAGAGUAGUUUGGACGAUAAGUCAAAAAAUGGUAAUAAGCUUGAAGUGAUGUACUACAUUAAAUCUCUACACCAAAGUAGGGAGAAUAAACUUAGACUAGGUUUAGAUGAAAUGAUUUCACCUGUGUGUAAUUACAAGAUGAUAGAGCUUGUAGAGAGCAGUUUAGAAGCCAACUCCAAAAAUUACAAAAACCCUUCUUUGCGUUAUGUUUUCAUCAUGAACAACCGGCGAUUCAUUGAAGUAGAGACAAAACUGAAUGGACUGGGACUUUCUUUUGGAGAUGACUGGCUCCACAAAAACACAAGAAAGAUCCAAGAAAACCUUGAGCUCUAUCUAAGAAGCUCAUGGAAUAAGAUUGUGGACCUUUUGAGGGUAGACAUCAAUCAACCAGAGUCUAGUGUUGUAGCCGAGUUGAUGAAAGACAACCUUUAUUGGUUCAACGAACACUUUGAUGAGACAUGCAACAUUCAGUCUGCAUGGUCUGUCUGUGAUGAGGAGCUAAGGGAACAAGUAAUAAAAUCCAUAGAAAACAUGCUGUUGCCAGCUUAUGGAAGUUUCCUUGGCACAUUUGAGCAACUUGUUGGGAAGCAUGCUUAUAAGUACAUUAGGUAUGGAAUGUUUGAGGUUCAAGAUCGACUCAACAAAUUGUUUCUUUUAAGGGAGUAG